UGAAUAAAAAAAGAUUGAUGCAUUCAAUAUCAGUCAGAACAUAAAAUAAAUCCCUACAUGCAUGUAAGGGGUUGGUCACCUAUAGUUCAUUGGUUUCCAACCUUUUACUUCAUUAACAAACCAGUUUUCUAUCAUUUAGUAAACAAUGGAGAUGGCAAAUAUUAUUGGAAACCAUCCAUGCAAGCGUGUAGUGCAAGUUUUAUUAUUUUUUUUUUACUGCUUCAUUGAGUCCUUGUGCCUAAUUGGCCCAUUUUUGGUGGUCCAUGCAUGGUUUUCUGGGUAACUUUGCCGAGUAAAACCAUCUCAAAUCUCUCAGUAAACCAUCCUGUUUUAUUACCUAACCAGAAGGUGAGGUCAUGUUCUGUGCUUCAUUCUGUAUUUAUUUCUGCUGUCCUGAAUGUGUACGUGUUACAUAAGUCUCUUUGUAGUUUAACUAAAAGCUGUGAAACCUGAGACCACGCUUUACACUGAGACCGCUCUCUUGUCUCUGAUGUAAACACACUGUUGGUCUCCAAGCAGCCAAAUAAACAAUCACACAGUUUGUGUGAGUGAUGAUGUCCUCAUACGGGAAACACUGGAGAUGAAGAACACCUUGAGCAUCAUUGUCUCUGUGGUUCAAACGGCACACGGUGUAGGUGGCGGUAUGCACCUUGGACGUUGGUUUGUAGUCCGCCAAUAAACUACAAGAAGAAGAAGAAGAGGAGGAAGAGGAGGACUAGGGAGGAGGAAAAGGAGGAGCUUAAGAGGAGGCGUCCGGUCCCCGUCCGUCUGUGUCCAGAGGAGAGGAGCGGCCGCCAUGUUAACCAAGAAGCCCGGAACAUCGGUCCUCCCAACGGGCAAAGCGGGCGAGCGGGUCUUCUCUCCGGGUCACGGUGGCUCUGAGACGACGUCGCCUGUCGCGCUGCCGCGACUUCGUAACAACAACCACAACGUCCUGACGGGAGGCUCUAAAGCCAGCAUGUCUGAGUCCGUCCAGUCGGCCUCUCAUCUGUACGAGGAGAACACCAACAAGCGUCCCGUUCUGACCUCCCAGCCCAACGGUCUGGCUCCUCUGGGGUCCACCAGGCCGGGCCUCCCUCUGCCGGACAGGCAGACAGACAGGCAGCAGCCCCCCCCGGCCCCGGAGCCCCCCCACCACUGCCGGCAGGGCAGCGCCUCCUCCACCAAGUCGACGGAGGUGAAGCCGAAGCCAUCCUUCCUGUCCCCGGAGCAGGCCAUGAAGCAGUUCAUGUCCAAGAUGUCGUCUCUGGAGCACCACGAGGUGUUCAGCUACCCGGAAGUGUAUUUCGUGGGUCCGAAUGCUAAGAAGAGGUCGGGGGUCAUGGGCGGAGCCAACAACGGCGGCUACGACGACGAUCAGGGAUCCUACAUCCACAUUCCUCACGACCACAUCUCCUACCGCUACGAAGUCCUUAAAGUCAUCGGCAAGGGCAGCUUCGGACAGGUGGUGAAGGCCUUCGACCACCGGUCUCAGACCCACGUGGCCCUGAAGAUGGUCCGCAACGAGAAGCGCUUCCACCGGCAGGCGGCGGAGGAGAUUCGCAUCCUGGAGCACCUGAGGAAGCAGGACAAGGACUCCAGCAUGAACGUGAUCCACAUGCUGGAGAACUUCACCUUCCGCAACCACAUCUGCAUGACCUUCGAGCUGCUCAGCAUGAACCUGUACGAGCUCAUCAAGAAGAACAAGUUCCAGGGCUUCAGCCUCCCGCUGGUCAGGAAGUUCGCCCACUCCAUCCUGCAGUGUCUGGACUCGCUGCACAAGAACCGCAUCAUCCACUGCGACCUGAAGCCGGAGAACAUCCUGCUGAAGCAGCAGGGACGCAGCGGCAUCAAGGUCAUAGAUUUUGGUUCCAGCUGUUAUGAACAUCAGAGAGUUUACACCUACAUCCAGUCCAGGUUCUACAGAGCGCCAGAGGUCAUUCUAGGCUCCAGGUACGGGAUGCCCAUCGACAUGUGGUCUCUGGGCUGCAUCCUGGCCGAGCUGCUGACCGGUUACCCGCUGUUGCCGGGCGAAGACGAAGCCGACCAGCUGGCGUGCAUCAUCGAGCUGGUGGGCAUGCCCGGCCAGAAGCUCCUGGACGCUUCCAAGAGAGCCAAGAACUUUGUGUCGUCUAAAGGCUACCCGCGGUACUGCACCGUCACCACGCUGCCCGACGGCACCACCGUGCUGAACGCCGGUCGCUCGCGGCGCGGGAAGGUACGCGGCGCGCCGGGCAGCAAGGACUGGAGCGUGGCGCUGAAGGGUGGCGACGACUCACUGUUCUUGGACUUCCUCAAGCAGUGUCUGGAGUGGGACCCGACGCUCAGGAUGACGCCCAGCCAGGCGCUGCGCCACCCGUGGCUGAGGAGGCGACUCCCCAAGCCGCCGACGGGCACCACCGCAGUGGAAAAGACCUCCUCAUCCUCCUCCAAACGCGCCACCACCGACAGCGCCGUCACCUCCAUAUCCAAGCUCGCCACCUCUUCCUCAACCACCAUGUCCUCCUCCUCCAAAACCAGGACUAACUUGGCAGCGAUCACCGACGCCAACGGAAACAUCCAGCCCAGGACGGUGCUGCCCAAACUGGUCAGCUGAGAGUGACCGCACCCCCCCUCCCCCCUCCACGAUCGCUGUGGUGGGAGUUGGUGAAAGCUGUGAGCAAACCAGCUGGAAUAAAACCUGGUUUGUCAGGUUUUAAAGGAGCGCUUUGUUUGUUUCACGCUGGUCUUCGCGGCGGCAUCGUUGUUGUUGGGGGGGGUGCGUUCAGGACACGAACGUGGAAAACUUAGCGUCGGGGUGUUCCACGGCUGGGAUGUAAAGCCGAGCUGAAGGAAAACUUUAUUGACAAAGUGGGACGCGUUCAGCCUCCUCAAAUUCUCAGAAAAAACAAGAGCAGCGAGACAGGAAGUGACCACGCAGGUUUUUAAAUGAUUGUGAGGCUGCUCAGACAAUCAGCUCACUCCACUCUGUAGCUCCAAACACUCAAAAACACGUCAACAAACAUGGUGCUGACGGAGGGAACAAAGCUUCUUUUUUAUGUUUUUACCACAGAAUUUUUUUUUUUGUGCAAGCUGACAAAUCGACACCAAAUCAACUUUCUUAUAUAAUCUUAGUCUUACAAGGUUUUAUCUGCUGACAAACAUGUCGGAUAUAUCCUUGUAAUACUUAAGUAACCGCUGCAAAAAACGCAAAGAUUAGCAUGCUAAUCUUUGUCUCAUAUCACUAUGAAAUCAUUGUUACGUUUCAGUUUAGGGGAACAGAGGUGGGGCACAAUCCCAACUGAACCAUCAACCUGUUAGCUGGCUAACUUUCUUAGCUAGCUGUUGUUUUUACAGUGUGUAGCUAGCCUUUGCUACCAUGCUAGCUUAGUGCCUGUCAGCUGGCUAACUGUUAGCUGGCUAAUAACCACUGGUUAGUUGUUAGACAGUUUAUUUGUUUGUGUUAAGGUGUCACUUUGCUACCAAUUUACAAACUUUUUAAAUCAGUCAGCUAGCCAUAGCUGGCUAACUAUUUGCCUUUUUUGGCAGUCUGGUGGCUAGCCUUAGCCUUUUUUUAGCCAUAGCCUGUUAGCACUGCCCAGCCUUACGAAGCACAGAUUUAGAGUUUUUAAGCGUUUUUAGUUUUCAGAUGGUUAGCAGGAAGAGAAGGGAGCUGGAAAAAGUAUGUUUGGGUUACGUCACACCAUUUUGUUCCCUAUUUAACUAAACAAAUCUGAUUAUUACUGAUGCAAAAUGGCUGUGAAGACAGAGACGAGCAAAAGACAAGUUAUAAGUCAUGUUAAAAUUUAAAGGGCUCUGAUAUGAAAAGAAAUGUAAGCAACCAAAGUCAGAAAAAUAAUUGAAUUGUGUGCCCGCUAGUAUUUAAUUAGCUAAACUAAGUUAUUACUUUCCGAUUCAGGAAAGUUAACACUGAUGUAUUUGACUGGUCAUAACUGCAAAAACAAGAUUAAAAUAACAAUAUGAUGGUUGUCUGUGUGAUUGACAGACUACUUCUGGCCAUUCAGGACCAUUUUAAAGACAAUAUUUUAAUAUUUAUAGCCAUUUUAAAAUGAUUACUUUCAUGAAUUCUUGUUAAAUGAAAAGAAAAGAAUGAAGUAAGAUGAGGAGGAAAAAGGCGACGUAGCAUCCAGAGCUGAAUGUCUUCAAAUAAAGAGAGCAAAGAUUUGAUUAUUUAGACUUGAAGGGUGAAGAUAUUGUAGUUUUAUUUGAGACUACAGCCUCGUGAGCAGCACAUUCACAAUAUCUACGGCCACAUAGAGGUAGAACCUCUGUAGCUAACGCUACGUUAGCAUGUGACUGAUCGUCAACGGUGCUUCAGUUUCAAUUCAGGGUUUCUCUCAAUGUAAUAAACAGUUCUGAGAGAAUUUAAGACACUAAACAUAUCCACUAAAACACACUGACAAAUAAUAACAUCAAGAAUAAAGGGUCCAGUCACAUCAGUAUGCGGUUAGUUAGUGACAACAGACUGUAUAGAAGAAGUAGACGUAGUCACCGGGACGUCACCCGUUCUCAAGUUUGAGUCGGCCAUCUUGGUUAUUUGCAACCAUUAGUGACACAAGAGGGCGGAGCUUAGUACAAUCGAAUGAAGACGUUUUUUAAGCGACCAAAAUGUUACAAUUAUCUUUGAUGAAGUAAAAAAACACACUGUGAAAUAGUUCAAGUUAAAAAGACGA